UCGUUCAGAGUAGUUCUCGUGUGCGUUUCAGUUCCGUGUUCGUUGCUUAGUCUAAACGCCAAGUCUUCUUCUACGUUCCGUGCUCGUGCCGUAUAUCUGUAUUCGGAUACUCGCUUAAGUGGUCGAAGAAAGUGGUUGUGAAUUAAACCUGGAACAAAAAAAAAAACAAAAUACUCGCUAAUUGGCCAAACCCGGUGAUUGAUUGAUGAUCACGCAAUCGUGUGUCCGUGCGAAUAUAGUUAUAGCUAGUUUUUGAUAUUUUUGACUAACUGAAGCCUUAGUGAGGAAAUAAGUCAAUCGGUGGGAAAAGUUUUCCGAAGCUGAGAGGCGUGUGCUCAGCUGCAAGACAAGAAGAAUUUUAUGUGAUUUUCGGUGCAAGAAAAAGUUGCAAAAUUUCGACCUACAAAAUGCCGACGCUUCAACCGCGAAUAGGAUUUAGUAUCGACUCUAUAGUUGGGAACAGCACACCCAAAUCGCCGCCGCAUGCGAUUACUAAGGUGGACGGCCCGCAGCGGUCGCCAAGUCCACAGUCCUACUCGGUCCGGUUGAAUCGGUUGCAGAGUCUUUCACCACCCCAUAACUACAGCAUUACGAGACUGCCGGAAUCGCCGCAAAGUAUUGAAUCGCAGAGCCGUCUGGAGACGCUCACGGCCACAAGUCCUGCCCUGCAAGCGAGACUUACCCCAGAUGAUCCCCGACCCGGCAAGAGACCACGCAGUCCUUCCCCACCGCCAUCACCAUCCGCUACGCACGCUCUUCCACCCUCCGCGCCAGGACCCAUCAUCGUGCCAGGACUUCCUGCAGGGCUAAUACGGCCGUUUCCAGUGAGUCCACCGCAACAGCAACCACCGCAAAAUCCCGACAUCAAGACUCUGCCACCGUUCAUGCAUACACCCGAAAUGGUUCAAGCGGCCCACAAUCAACACUUCCUGGCUGCUCAGUUCCAAGCUGCAGCUCUGGCUCAUGCGCAAGCCGGACAACCCUUUCCACCGCAUCCGGCAGCCGCCCAUUUGCAUAAUCACAAUCUGCCACCCCGGGACAGCUACCCCUUGUAUCCAUGGCUACUGAGUCGUCACGGCCGCGGAGUGUUUCCCAUCGGAUUCCCUGGCAACUACCUCAUUCCGUUCCGAAAGUCGAAACGGGUCCGGACCGCGUUUUCGCCCUCGCAGCUGCUGAAACUGGAACACGCCUUUGAAAGUAACCACUACGUGGUUGGAGCGGAGCGCAAGCAGCUUGCCCAGAAUCUCAACCUCUCGGAAACUCAGGUUAAGGUGUGGUUCCAGAAUCGGCGCACCAAGCACAAACGCAUGCAGCAGGAGGAGGGCAAAUCGGGCGAAUCGAGCGAUCAGAACCGGUCGACCUCGAGUCCGGCGUCCGGCGGAAGCUGCCCGGAAGACGACGAGGAUGAGUUCAUCGAUAUGGACGACUGCCCGAGCGACGAGGAGAAUAUGCAUCACAACGGUUGAGAACGCAGAAGGAUGCUUCCGUUCAUAAGCACAUGUGCCAAAUAGGACUAGACGAAGAAUGAAGAAGAGAGAGAAAAAAAAACUAUGAUGAUUGAUAGCGGGAGUGCCACAUUCCCUUCCCUCCUGCUUCCAGGCGGUUAUGGCAGAAAAAGUAUUAGCAUUUGUUUGCAUUCAGGAGCUGCAAUUAUACCAGUGAUCGUUUCUAAAUAUUGUUUUCCAGCAUUACACUAGUAAGGAGAGAUUUUAUUUUGCUAUAUUUUUCUAAUGGCCGACGUUUUGAGAUGUACCGAGAUAAACCUACUUGAAGGCGUAGAAACAAAUUAUGACAUGCGUGUAGAUAGUGAAUUUGCAUUAAAAACUGUAUAUAACGAGUACUUAAUAGCUAUUUAAUAACAGAGGCUUAAAUUGACUGUAAUUUAAUUUUAUUUGUGCUCAUUUCAUACAACGAGGAACGGGACCAGUUCUCGUCGGAGUAUUUUAGUUAUUUCGUGGCAAGCAGGCAUAUUAUGGAUGUAGGUUUUAGUUUACUGUCCAAAUGGCACGUUAAGAUGAUGUAUAAAUGGAACCGUUUGUAAAGUAACAAUUAUUACCUGUAGCGUUCGCACACGAUUGAAAAGAUUCAUUUUAAUAGCAAAAUAAUAAAUACAAUAUCAUAAAUAAGAA